CAAGUUGCUAAAAUGCCAAAUCUCCCGAAUCUGCGUUUAAAAUGAUUAAAAAUAACUAUAAAACAAAAUAAUUACAAGGAAUAGCAAUUCAUUCACUCCAGCUCGUCGUUUUGUACUAUUUGUUGUUAAAAAUACAUCGACAGACAAUGAAGUUUUGUUAAUGGUUCCUUAAUGCGACUCAUUGUUAGCGACUUUCAUUUAGCAUUAUUGACUUUGUUAUAAAUAAACACAGUGUUGUUCAAAAUGAUUUUGCCAGUAGAGAUAAUUGAAAAUAUUUUGAGGAAAUGCGAUGGAAAAACAUUAUUGAGUGCAAGAAAAGUUGACGAAGAAUGGAAACACAUUGUGGAUUAUUUAACCCAAAAGACGAGGAUCUGGGAAUGGUGUUGCAAGGAAGAAAUUCCCAAAAACCAGCUGAUUGAAUACUUGCAAAGUUAUCAAGAUGAAGCCGGUGACAAGUGGCUUCAUAUUUACAUUAACUGGUACUCGUGGGAAAGUAUCGACCAAGUAAUGUGUGACAUAGUCUUAAGUCCCGUGGAAGUACCACGGAUAUCCUGCAUCGCCGUGUCUGGGAAUUACAUAGCUGUAGGCUCUCAAGAUGGGCGACUACGGAUCUUUUCAAACGAUUGGAAGAUGCUCUAUGCUGCCCGUAUUUUAGCUGUUAAGAUUAAUAGCCUUACCUUUAUGGACAGUGGUAAUGGGGAGAGCUUGGAUUUUUGUCUUGUGGUUUCCUACAAUAAGGGCCUGGAUAUAUUCUGUUUCGAUGGAAUCAGCAAAAACCAGCUCGUAAUUCAGGACGUAAAGUCACACAGCAUUUACAAAAACUACAUAUGCUACGAGAAAGUGGGGGGAAGAAUGACCAUCGCUAAACUGACCAACACUGACGGAAGGAGACAACUGACAGAAGUGUGGUUCUCCAGGAUAUAUUCUCCCUCGAGUCUAUCCUGCAUGAAGAUGUGGGAAGGUGUCUGCACCUUCCUGGUCAAUAAUGAAGUUAAAAUUAUCGAGUAUGAGUCUGCCGAAAUCACUCCCAUGGACAUCAUGAAGAAAAAAACGAGGAUCAAGUUUAAUUUUCCGCUGGUAGAUAGCCAGAAUACGCAGAUUUUGAGGAACGACGUCAUCAUUAGUUUAUGUAAAAAUGACGAUGAUGUUAAAAGUGAUUUUAUUGAAUUCUUCAUCUUGGGAAAAAAUGACAAGUAUAGCAAGAAAAUGUUCAACACUUGGGAAAUAUUUAGGUGUUACAUAACGUGCAUCUAUUUAUAUGGGAACACCCUUAUUUUAGGUGUUGACGUCGGAACGGUGUACAUCUACCACGUUUCGUGCUGGAAAAACUUAGACAUAAGGGAAUAUAGCCAUAAAUUAAUAAUUGGAAAGCACCCAAUAAUUUGUAUUGAUGUCAAGGAGACGCCAACAGAGCGGAAGUUCUACGUGUCGUCCAAAUUCAAUAUACACGAAAUUUCUGGAUUCUUACCAAAUAUUUAUUAGUGAUGUUUAAUACCACAAUAAUGUUCAUAAAUGUACUUACGUUAUAUUUUUAUACCGUUUUUUUAUCGAUUCUUGUAAGUUUAAGAGUGUUUUGUGCAUCUUUCGAACCUUACUAAACAGGAUUGUUCAUUUUUGGUAGUAGUAAAUACUGUAAUUGUAGACCUCACCACAUAAUAACCGAAGGUAGUUUGGUUGUAUACUGAAAAAUUUCAAAUGCUAAUUUUUAAAAUUAUAAUAGAAAAGGCGGUGGGUUUACUUUGGGUUCAAUCAAAACUGUAGUGAAAAAUGUUAAUAUAUAAAAAAAAAAUUCACAUUUUAUGGAAAAUUCUAAACUGUAAAAAUGGUAAGAUAUACAGGGU